AUGGCAACCCUCGAGGAAGCUGAAUUCUGCUUUCCAAAACUCCUGAAUUCCUCCUGUAAGAAGAUCAUGCGUCCUCACUCAGUGUCCAUGCUGACCUACAUCACCCUUUCCUCCAUCUCUGUGCUCACUGUGACUCUCAAUCUGAUGGUCAUUGUCUCCAUCUGCCACUUCAAGAAGCUGCACACUCCCACCAACCUUCUCCUCCUCUCUCUGGCUGUCUCGGAUUUCUUUGUGGGCCUCCUCAUUGUUUUUCAGAUCAUCCUCAUAGACGGCUGCUGGUUCCUGGGUGACCUCAUGUGUAGUUUGUAUUUUCUGUUUGACUAUGUCAUCACUUCAGCCUCAGUAGGAACAAUGGUGCUCAUAUCAAUUGACCGAUAUGUGGCCAUUUGCUUUCCCUUCCAUUAUUCCACCAAAGUAACAGUGAGAAGUGUCUUUAUUUGUGUUUGUGUUUGUUGGACCUGCUCCUUUCUGUACAACUGUCUAAUAUUGAAGGAUAAUUUUUAUCAACCAGGCAGGUACAGUUCCUGCUAUGGAGAGUGUGUGAUUAUCAUUAAUUCCAUUGCAGGAAUUUCUGACACUAUUAUUACCUUCAUUAUUCCCAUUACUGUCAUUGUAGUUGUCUAUUUGAAAGUAUUUGUGGUGGUGAUGUCUCAGGUUCGGUCUGUGAGGCCUCGUGUAGCAGCUGUCACACUUCAGGGCUCAGUGAAAGUAAAUUUGAAGAAAUCUGAGCUUAAAGCAGCCAGGACUCUGGGAGUUGUUGUCGUUGUGUUUCUAAUAUGUGCCUGCCCAUAUUUCUGUGUUACACUCACAGGUGGUGGCACCGUGUUCACCGCCUCGUCUGUAGCCUUUGUAAUGUGUUUGUUCUAUCUAAAUUCCUGUCUCAACCCCCUCAUCUAUGCCCUGUUCUACCCCUGGUUCAGAAAAUCUGUGAAACUCACCUUUACACUUCAAAUAUUAAGACCCGGUUCCUGUGAUGCAAACAUUGUGUGA